AUGCACGAUUCCAAGAGUUUAUUUUAGAAAUUGGAGGGAACAUUGGCUGAGAAAUUAUGUGUCAAGGAAUUACUUAAAGAAUAAGUCAUAAUCUAUGUCCAAAAAUCAAAGGAAUUUAUCCAAAAGGAAAUAGUGAUAUCAUUCAACACUCUGAUAAUAGAGAAUUAGUUCAUCGAAUUGAGCAAAUGCUAAUUCGAGUAGAAAUUAAGCAAGCCUAAAUAUAGCGAAGGAAUUAAUAUCAUUAUUAUCAAGAGUACUGCUGGUAAAGAAUUCCUAAUCACUUCAAAUUCUCAACAGUGUCUCAGAUUGAAGAUCUAUCUGAAAAAGUUUUGCGUUCACAAAAAUUACAGUGGAAGGUACAGAUUUAUUGAACAACAAAAUUGUCUACCUCUUUCCUAAUCAUAUAAAAAAAAUAAUCAAUAUUUCUCAACAAUCAAAUUCGAAAAGAAAUUGCUUGAGGAUCCUCAAGAACUACAGACAUUUCAUAAUCAAUUAACCAUCAUGCAUGCUUUCUAAUUGAUGCCUAAUGUCUUUAGACUUUGUGAAGAUGCUUCAAGAUAUUAUAUACUAGGAGAAAACAUGAAAUUAUAAUCUUUGGAAUCGCUCUUAUUGAAUGGAUUCGAUUUUAAAGAAGUGCCGUUUGUGUCCAUCAUUUACAUGGUCCUGCAAACCAUCCAAAAAUAUCAAGCCAAAGGCAUCUAUCAUGGAAACAUCAGUCUAUCGAAUAUCUAUGUCAAUAUUGAUUCAUAAACUCUUCAAAUUACUUUACUAUUUCCAAAAUAUAAAGAGAAUAAUAACAAGAAUAUAGAGAAGGAUAUUUGUAGUCUCGGAAAACUAAUCUAUUAAAUCACAUUUCAUACUUUGAAGGGGGAAAUAGUGAAAGAUGUUAAUCUAAAUCUAAUUUAAUCUUUAAUGAAUCAAUGGUCAGAACCCAACUCAUAAAGAACUAAAUAUAGAUUUUUGUAUCGUGUUAGUUAGCUUGAUUUAUUAAAUCAAUUACUUUCUUCUAAAAUGACAGUAGAGAUGGCUUUGAUUCAUUAAUGGUUUGUGAACAUCAGAUAAAACCUUAAAGUUGAAUCUAAAUAAUCCAUGCCUAAGGCUUUUCUUUCAACCAUCAUGGAAGAAUAAGAACUCCACAUUGCCUCUUCCCAAUUUCUAGAUAAUCAAGUCACAAUCACCUAAGAAUAUGAACCUGAAGAAGAACUCUAUCCUAUUCGAUGUUAAUUGGUUAACACUAUUCAAAUGAUACCUUCUAAGAAGAAGCAUGAUGAUGCUAGAAACUAUUUCUAUAGAUCGAAGACAUUUGCAAGUUUUACAAUAAAAAGAGAGUCUUUACCUGAGAUCACAAAACAAUGGACUUUUAAAUGA